AUGUCAUCCGUUGCAACGGCUUCCCCAUCUGCCGCUCCUGCACCACCAAACCCUUCACCUCCUAGAGCUGGAAGACCUCCACAUCCCCGGCCCACAACUUACACUGGUCCUUCACCCACAGCUGCUGCAACAUCUAACGACGCCCAACCUGGUCCUUCUACUUCGCAGAGCUACUCCAACAACUCAAUGAGCCAACAAGGCCCACCUAUUGCUCCUCCUCCAAGGACCAGCAGCCAGCGUCAAGCAACUACUGCACCUUCAGCGGCGCCUGGAGGUUCCACUGAACGCAGUAGAUCACAGUCAGGACGUACUCGCGGCCAGAGCACCGACGGUCGAGAAAGAGAAAAGUCGGACAGGGAUAGAGAUCGUCGACGAGCCGACGAGACCAGCAAGCCCCGCAAGGAUCAACCUGUGGGCAGGUCAAACUCUGCCAGGGACCCAACUAGGAACGGCACCUCUAGUAACUCUCAACAGCAGGCAGAAUCUACAAGCAGCAGCGGCAGAAGGCGCCAGGAAGGAGCUGAUGGAGCAAGCGGAAGCGCCGGUAGCGGCAGCAGGAGUAGGGGAGGCAGAGAUGCUACUGGUGGGAGUUCAGGGCUGGCAGUUGUCAACACACCGGAUGGGCCUGGAAGAAGUACUGGAAGCACCCGAAAGGAAACAAGGUUUGGGGAGUAUAUCUUAGGUCAAACUCUAGGAGAGGGAGAAUUUGGAAAGGUCAAGUUAGGAUGGAGAAGAGAUGGCGGUGUACAGGUUGCCAUUAAACUCAUCCGACGAGAUUCACUUUCUCCUCACCCUAACCGUCUUUCUAAGAUUCAUCGUGAGAUUUCCAUCCUACGGACACUUUCGCAUCCCAACAUUGUCCGUCUCCAUGAGAUGGUUGAAACUGAACGCCAUAUUGGUAUCAUUCUUGAGUAUGCUUCCGGUGGUGAGCUAUUUGACUUCAUCCUCAACCAUCGCUUCCUGAAAGAUCCCCCAGCCUGCCGUCUAUUUGCACAAUUGGUAUCUGGUGUGGGGUAUCUACAUAAGAAAGGAAUUGUCCAUCGUGAUCUCAAACUUGAGAAUUUGCUGUUGGAUAGAAAUCGGAACAUAAUCAUCACUGAUUUUGGGUUUGCAAAUGUGUUCGAUCCGAACGAUGAACUUGGAGAGCUGGAGGAUCGGUUGGAAGAGCCCGAACUAUUGAAGGAAUUGGAAAAGGGUGUGCCGAAUACGCCCGACCGAAGAGUCGGACCGGAGGCGAGCUUGCUAAACAUUCUUGGCCCUGGACAAGUCAGGAGGCGAGGUGAUUUGAUGGCCACAAGUUGUGGAAGUCCUUGUUAUGCGGCACCGGAGUUGGUAGUAAGCGACGGUUUAUAUACCGGAAGGAAGGUUGACGUGUGGUCAUGUGGUGUUAUUUUGUACGCUAUGCUGGCUGGGUAUCUUCCAUUUGACGAUGAUCCGGCUAAUCCUGAGGGGGACAACAUUAACUUGCUCUAUAAAUAUAUUGUCUCAACACCAUUGACUUUCCCAGAGUAUGUUAGUCCACAUGCGAGGGAUCUUCUUAGAAGGAUCUUGGUACCGGACCCAAGGAAGCGUGCAGAUCUCUUCGAAGUUGCGAGACAUAGUUGGCUGAGUCCAUUCUCCAACGUCGUGAGCAUGAUAACAAGCUCCACGAUCAACUCGAAACAGGCGGAAACCGUCACAAUUAAUGAACCUACCCCUGGUGAUGGCCGACCCGCACUUGCACGUGCAGCUUCUACUACCCAACCAAAAUCACGUGUUGAUCAGAAGAGGCAAACGGUCCAAGUUGAAUACGUCGAGCCUAGACAACAAACUAAGCGAGGAUCCGCGGUGGACCCCGAUCAACAAGGUCCUAGCGAUGCCCCAGAGGCGGACGAAGCAGACGCGGCAGCUCCCGCACCCAUUGUUCCGACUAGUAAGCAUCACGAUAAUCUUGUUAGGGCAGCAACCACAGCCGGCACACCGUCUAGACACGCUAGAACAACAUCCUCAACAGAACAACAGAAAGGUAAAGAGAGAGAAAUCUUGCAAGUUGGUGAGAGUAAAUCUUCAAGGAACAGGCCGGCAAGUUAUGCGUACCAGACACCAUCUCGAGCGCCUGCCUCGAGUGAUGGGACUACCUCCAAACAGCCAUCAAGAAGAACCAGCAAGGAUAAAUCUGGCCCACCUGUUACUGGAAAGCCAUUUACUACAGGGGAAGUCGGGACAACAUCUGCAAGGCCCACAACCGCAAGCUCUCUGGGAAAUUCAAAUCGGAAAAUUAUUGCAACGCCGAAAAGCGGAAAACCGUACACCAUCAGCAACCCGAUACCCCAUCCGGACAACAGCGAGGCCAUCGGAUCCUCGGAAAUGGGAAAACCAAGCACAGCGGUCUUACCAGCCAAAUAUACAACCAGACCGUCGACUCAACCCGAGGCCCCUGUCAAAGGCCACAAACGAGCGAAUACUGUUGGAGGUGGGGCUGGUGGUGAGCCAGGAAGGUUUUUGGGCAAGUUUAUGGGCAGCUCUGAAAAGCCAGAGAUUUCUCCUCGACCCGUGAUGACUGCCGCAGGCGAACCUCGUCAAUCUCUCGACCCGGGUGCACGUCCAUCCAAGCACGACAAAACCAAUGGUAAAUCAAGGCGAUUCAGCUUGUUGCCCACAAGCUUCUCACUCAAGAGCAUAUCUGGCUCAGGCCAUAUGCGCCGUCCCUCAAGGACAUCUGGGCUCUCAGGAAACCGGUUCACGCCAGCAGAACCCCAAACCUCAUCGCAACCCCAACUUGGCGUACCGCAUACCGCUGGUAGAGACGAAUCGAUUCAAACUGGCUCGGAAACUUCACUGGCAGUUGAAUCGGCACCGGCGUCUGCUGCUGGUGGCAGAUUCGAACGAGAGAGCGUCGAUAUUGAAGGUGGCAAUGGUGUUAACCGACGGCCAACUGUUCUACAGAAGAAUAGGAAAUUCACGGAGGGAGAAGUCAGUGGAACGGGCGGAAGUACUGGUCCAGCCAGAAGGGUCAUGGAUUUCUUCAGGAGGCGGGGUGUCGUCAGGAGUAAAGGGGAGGUGUGA